GGUUUCCCGCACACUGUGUCUUUUGUGACUUGUUGAGAGCCAGGAAUGUGUGCACUUGGCGUCCUCUCCAUCCUGUCACUGAUAAGGUCCUUUUUUUUUACUUUUCACCCCCUUAGUACAAAGCCCAGGUUUCUCAGGUGGAGCCUGGAUGAGAAGGUGGCCCUGGAGGUGCUAGCCGCCCGGGUGCUGAUGGACGCGCCCUUUACCCUGUGCUGUCCCUGGACCAUGCACAGUCUUUCCAUUGCGAGGACUCGAAGAGAGUGGGACUGCAGCACAGUAUGGAGGGGAGUGGAGACUCAACGCCUCCCGCCGACAGAGGACCGCGAGGAAGAUCGAAAGCGGCUACUAGGAUAUUCUGGGGCUUCCUGGCGGUGGCGCUUCUCUUCUCCAUUGUGGGAAUAAGUGUGGUCGGCGUUUUAGGAUGGAAAGAUAGUAAAGCAAAGCCUCUGUUACAGGUUGUCCGACUGACCUACAAGAACCUGCAGGGCUCCUCAGUGAACCAGUCUACCAUUACAGACAAGCGGAGGAAUACCGUCACCUACCGCGUGACCUCCCGAAAUCAGACCUCAGUGGUGUUAUUUGACAGCAAACAUGGACUGGUUUGCUAUAAGGCUGCUGGAGAAAAAUCCUGUUUCCUUCGCCGCAUGGAGAUGAGAGAUAUGGAAAAUAUACAUUCCUUCCUAAACAUGUCUGUAGCCAAGGACAGCAUCCUCUUCCUGCAGAACAACAGGACACGUUACUACCGCGAGUUCCUCGGUGUAAUAGGAGGUCGAAAAGUCAAUCAUGAACUUGUAGGGGAACCUGUCCAAAUAUUGUGUGACCAGCUCCCUAUUUACUGGGCCCCACAAGACGCCUCAUUUAUCUCUGCAUCGACAUCUGCUUCCCUAACAACAUCUGCGUGUCCGUCUGCUUCUACUACCUGCCCGACUAGGCGCCCGACCGUACGCCGACGGACUCCUCCCAGCGCCGCCUGGACAACCCCUCGAUAGCAGAAUUUUGCACAAAGUGUGGGAAGAGUUCAUUUAGGAUUCUGAUUGGUACCGGUCCCUUGUUAACCCCCGUGUGACAGCUGGACUGUGCAAUGUAUCGUACAUACCGCGAAAGUCUUUAGCAGCGGCGCCAUGAGCCUCAUUUCAGGGGACGACUAAACAACAAUAUGGGAUUGGAUACCAGAUACAUGUGGCUUUAACAGUUUACGGAUAUACAGUGUAACCCCCCACCCCAAAGUCCAGUCCUAGACUGAAGAUGGGGACGGGCGUACACAAAGAUGCCAGAUUCCUGUUUGUAUAAUCCACUUUAUAUAUUUCAUGACACAUUAAAUAUACUUACUUUUCACUAUAGGACUCCAUUGAUUUACUGCUUUAAUAAAAAAAAAAUUUAAAUAAACAUACAAGGAAUUUCCUAUACAGCAGUUUUUCCCAACCAGGGCGCCUCCAGCUGUUGCAAAACUACAACUCCCAGCAUGACCAGACAGCCAACGGCUGUCCGGUCAUGCUGGGAGU